AUGGUCCGAGUGGGAUUCAAACCCAUAAAGAGCGGUCCGUACAGUCUGAGUGGGAUUCAAACCCAUAAAGAACGAGGAGAGGGUGGAGAGGAGAGGUGGAGAGGAGAGGUGGAGAGGAGAGGUGGGGAGGAGAGGUGGAGAGGAGAGGUGGAGAGGAGAGGUGGGGAGGAGAGGUGGGGAGGAGAGGUGGAGAGGAGAGGUGGAGAGGAGAGGUGGAGAGGAGAGGUGGAGAGGAGAGGUGGGGAGGAGAGGUGGAGAGGAGAGGUGGAGUGGAGAGGUGGAGAGGAGAGGUGGGGAGGAGAAGUGGAGAGGAGAGGUGGAGAGAAGAGGUGGAGUGGAGAGGUGGGGAGUAGAGGUGGGGAGGAGAGGUGGAGAGGAGAGGUGGAGAGGAGAGGUGGGGAGGAGAGGUGGGGAGGAGAGGUGGAGAGGAGAGGUGGAGAGGUGGAGAGGAGAGGUGGAGAGGAGAGGUGGAGAGGAGAGGAGAGGUGGAGAGGAGAGGAGAGGAGAGGUGGAGAGGAGAGGUGGGGAGGAGAGGUGGAGAGGUGGGGAGGAGAGGUGGAGAGGAGAGGUGGAGAGGAGAGGAGAGGUGGAGAGGAGAGGUGGAGAGGAGAGGUGGAGAGGAGAGAUCAGAACGAGACCGAGGCCGAGGCCGAGGCUGAGGAGGAGUUAUGGGAGAGAUAUGAGGGAUAA